AUGGCAUUGAACCUCGAGAAACAGCUACUCUUUGCAACAAACACACCUUCCAUACCUCUGCCUGGGUACCUGACGAUUCCUAACCUUCCGGCCAACUUUGGAACUAUAUUAUGCACGCUCUACAGCACACUCUAUGUCUUGAUGGAACCCGUCGCCGGUGGCCUUCUAGCUCCCUUACUCCUUGCAGGCACGGCUUACUCCAACCACUUGACGUUCGCUUACGGGAUGAAGGCGAAUUAUAUCGCUCUAGGAGUCCACGUCUUCUCCUGGAUCGCGCAAUUCGUCGGUCACGGGGUCUUCGAAGGGCGAGCGCCGGCUUUAUUGGACAAUCUGGUGCAAGCGCUGUUCCUCGCGCCGUUCUUCGUCUGGAUGGAGGUCCUGUUCGCGUGCGGGUACCGGCCAGAGUUGAAGGCGAGGUUAGAUCAGAGUGUUGCGAAGGAGAUCGAGAAGGCGAAGGCUGAGAAGGAAGCGAAGAAAGGCAGUGGGGAGGUGAAGGCCAACGGAGAUGCCAACAGGAAAGCCAAGUGA